CCAUACACAUUCCUUGUCUUCCAGGCUUCCUCUCUAAGAAUGAGUGUUCAUCAGGGCAGUGAUGGCGACAGGGUAUUACAGCCAGAGCUCAGCUGCCUAGGAGAUGAGACCUUAGCUGCCACUCAAGAGAAAGAAAGAAAGCAGCAGCAGCUUGGUGUCCCAUGGACUUCGUACUCUCACUCACCCCUAGCUACCAGGAGUGAAGAUUUUGCACUUGAGUAUGCCUCUCAGCCAGCAAGCCUUCAGCAUCCUCCCGUAAUGCCGCUCCCUGAGGACAGCAAGGGCUCAUGCUUCCAGAGUGGAAGCAAGCGGAGCCACGAGCCCUUCAUCGUUUCAGAGAGAUUUGGAAACAGCGGGGUAGGCUUUGGAGGUAGCCCUCACUCCCAAGCCCCAGAGAAAGUGACACUUCUUGUAGAUGGCACACGCUUUGUGGUAAACCCUCAGAUUUUUACUGCUCACCCGGACACCAUGUUGGGAAGAAUGUUUGGACCAGGGAGAGAAUACAACUUCACAAGGCCCAAUGAGAAGGGGGAGUAUGAGAUUGCCGAAGGCAUCAGCGCCGCUGUGUUCCGCACAGUGCUGGAUUACUAUAAGACUGGCGUCAUCAACUGUCCAGAUGGCAUCUCUAUCCCGGAUCUGAGAGACACGUGUGACUAUCUUUGCAUUAACUUUGACUCCAACACCAUCCGAUGUCAAGACCUGAGUGCUUUGCUCCAUGAGCUGUCCAACGAUGGUGCUCACAAGCAGUUUGAUCACUACCUCGAGGAACUGAUUCUACCCAUCAUGGUGGGCUGUGCCAAGAAAGGGGAGAGAGAGUGCCACAUCGUUGUGCUGACAGAUGAGGACUCUGUGGACUGGGAUGAAGACCACCCCCCACCCAUGGGGGAAGAGUAUUCCCAAAUACUUUACAGCUCCAAGCUCUACAGAUUCUUCAAAUAUAUCGAGAAUCGGGAUGUUGCUAAGACAUUGUUAAAGGAACGGGGCCUGAAGAACAUUCGCAUUGGAAUUGAAGUAGAUGCUGGAGCCAGCAUAUUCUGCUGGGAUUGUGAGCUCGGAGUUUUCCUGUUGCAGGCUACCCUACCUGCAAAGAGAAGAUUAAGAGGAGGCCUGGUGGGAGGUCUGAAGUUAUCUACAAUUACGUACAGCGCCCCUUUAUCCAGAUGUCGUGGGAGAAGGAAGAAGGGAAGAGUCGCCAUGUGGAUUUCCAGUGUGUUCGCAGCAAAUCCCUCACUAACUUGGUGGCUACUGGAGAGGACGUCUUGGAAGACCAGGAGAUAAUAAUGCACCACCCGCCGCAAGUGGAUGAACUUGACCGGUUAAAUGCCCCUCUGUCUCAGAUGGCUCCUAAUGACUUCCAAGAUUAGAGACGAUCAGGUCUGCUCCUCCCUUGCCAGAGCUCUUCUCUGUGUGGUACCCUCAACCCGUCUUCCCUAUCCUCCUGUGGGUUCUCACCCGAAGGGGAUGCUUCCUCCCAUUUGUUCUGUCCCUCUCAGUUGUUAUCAUGCCCUUCUGAGUCUGCCUCUGGCCGGGCGAAGCAGUAAUUGGGCGACCAGUUUAGGCAGCCCUGGUAAACAUUUUGGGUCUGAUGCUGCUGGUUGUGUCUUGACAACUGCAGGAGAAUAAGUCGAAUCCUGCUGCCUCAUGAUUGGCACAGUAGUCGCAUCCUUUACACCCGGUGGGAGGGGUUUGCUAAAUAGCAAAGGGACCAAACGUCAAAGGAGACUGUGCGUGCGCUGGGGCAGGUGUGCCCUGUUGAGGUGUGCCAGGGUGGGUGAAAGGCAGUUGCUGGGGCCCGCGCCCAGGUGCCAUCUGGGUAGAAUGUCUGAAAGGCGUCCCCAAGCGCUCAGACUCAGCUCUGCUCCGCAUUAACACAGGACCAGGGUCUACAGCAGGAAGAGCGUGGCCCUGCAGUGGUAGUGCGGCCUUUGGCCUCAGGGAUUCAGAACCCAAAAUGAUGCUUCAUUUGGAAGUGAAAUUUGUAAUCUGGUGGCAGAGUGGCUCCGGAUCAGGCCAGUGGGACCUUCCUCUGGCGGGAAGCCACAGGCCCUGUUCCCAGGGACAGCGUGGUGCGGUGGGUGUGGCAGGAGACUUGGUACCCUGAAGGUGAGAGGUUUGCUUGGUAGCUUCCUGUGAGCUCCAGAGAGGAGGGUUGUGGGUGGGUGGACAGGAAUUGUCACUUGUGCAGGUGCUGCCCCAGAGUUCACACCAAUACAUUCACGUUUUUGUUUUUCUUUCCUUUCUUCUUUUUCAAUAGCCCAUUAGCUGCUGGGCUAUUAUAUAUACUACUGUCCUCCCCAGGGUCAGGUCCAGGCCUUGUCAUUUGGUUUGCUCUGUUCACUCUUCCACGUGUGGUAGAUGGCAGUCCAGAUUAGUGCUCAGCACCUUCCUCUGCCAUUUCCAUGGCUGUUUGCAGUGUCUGGGAUUACCUUACUUCCUGGUAGACGUUGACCUUGAAUCUGUCCUCCACCCUCGACGUUUUCCCAUUAUAGGUGAUGCACGUAAGCUGCUUCCUUCAAGUUCCUUCAUGACCAUGGUUGGUUUCUUGAAGUUGGCUCCCAUUGGGUCCUGUAUAGUAUACUACUUGAUGGCAGUAAAGUCAGGUUUGGGAAGAACAAGACCGUUCUUAGAAGGGUGUUUCUGUGUCAUGGCAGCAUCACAGUGGGAGUUGGUGUGAGAUCUUCCCUUGCUCAGAAGACAGAAAACUGAAGUGUGACUGGUUUUUGUGGUGAUGGUUGGUAUCUUGGUGAGGCUGAAGACCAGCAUCCAGAAUACGGAUUAAGGUUAUCUGUGUCCAGAAGUUACUUCUGGGAAGUUUACUGGCUCAUGUCUGAGGUCAGGUUUGGCCUUGACUUUGUUGGUGCUACAUUUGCCUGCUAGCAGCCGAACAGCCCAGGCCCUGGUUCAGUGGUGCUUUCCCAGUGCUGACCCAUUGAUGGCCACUGGACUGUGAAUGUGUGUGUGUGUGUGUAGUGUUGAGGUGUAAGCAGUCCUUUCUUUGUCGUUUGGAGUUGGUUCACUGCCUUCUAUGAACUAGGUCUUACCCCAUACCCCAAAUAAGUCACCGUGCUGUGGCUCCAGCCCAUGGCAUUUGAGAGGAGGCAGUCUAAAGGCUCAUCAGUGGCAUUGGGUGGUGAGGACUAAAGAAGGCCUGGGACACAACACAGGCAGUGUGGAGAGCCCUAACCCCUCCCUACGUUUCAGUCUUGUAGUCUGGUGCCCCACCUCAGUCUUGCCUGCUGUUCCCAGAGUUGGGAUGUUCUUUAGUGCUCCUUACAGGAUCAAGGGCUGGGGUACAGUCGUCUUUCGAGUUGGUUACUGGCUGUAUGAGGGAGAAGACUUCUCUAAUAAAGAGGGAUUUGGAGCUGAUGUAUCUUUUGUAAGUGCCUGAAUAAGUAAGUCGGGCUGUGUGCACAGAGACAGUCUCAUGAGAAAAGUGACUUUACUCAAAGUCUCAGCAUCUUAGCAAGAUAGAAGAUAACUUGAACCUGAGGCUUGACUGUUCAGUGUAAAGUCUUUGUAGCCUGUGUAGCUGAUGAGAAACACCUGCCAGUGAGGCGGUGGAGACAGGGACACAGUAUUAGAACGUCAAAAAUUACAUGGCUCUCCAUGGCAGAAAAAGGUAAUGGCAAAAUUGGAAGAUGGAAGAGACUGGGUGGGUACAGUGGUGGUGGUUACUUUACUCAGCACCUCAGGAGAGGGUCCAGGCUGGAGAAGUGCUGUAGGAGCUUCACAGAAGGGACAUCCUCUCAGGGUCAGAGGGUGUGUCUUAGGGAGAAGGAAUGCUCAGAGCACAGGCUUCAGCUUCAGUGUAUGACUCAGUUUGUUUUAGUGGCACCCUUGCUGCCACUUGUUGCCGUCUGCAGUUACUGAGGUGGGUGCAGGGAGCACGGCAGGAUGCUGCCGCCUCCCCAGGAGACAGAGCCACUUUUGUGUCUGGAUGGGAUCAUUUCUGGAAAAUUACAUUUUCUCCUAAAGGCAAAAUGCUUGUAGGUUUUGCCUCUUACUUUGUAUUUACUUUUGAAGUUGCACUUGUUCACCUACCAGUGUUUACGGAAUCCUAUAUAUGGGAUGCUUUUCUAUAAUAAAAUAUUUUUAUUUGUG